UACAGGUUGUCAUAUUUUUAUGGUAACUAUGCUUUUACUUGAAAAACCUAGAUAAAUUAUUUUUUUCAGUUAAGACCUUUUUACAUUACAGGAAAUAAAUAUUAACAUGGAAAACAACUUCAAUACUGAGUCAUCAUCUACUUUUACUCUUCAAAGUUCUUCAGAGACAUUGUUUUCUAUUCAGCUGUUAGAUUUCAAAACAAGUUUACUGGAAGCAUUAGAAGAAUUGCGUAUGAGAAGGGAAGCAGAAAUUCAUUAUGAAGAGCAGAUUGGUAAAAUUAUUGUGGAGACACAGGAACUUAAAUGGCAAAAGGAAACUCUUCAGAAUCAAAAGGAAACAUUGGCAGAGCAACACAAGGAAGCAAUGGCAGUUUUUAAAAAGCAGUUGCAAAUGAAGAUGUAUGCCCUGGAAGAAGAAAAGGGAAAAUAUCAGCUUGCUACAGAAAUAAAGGAAAAAGAAAUAGAAGGAUUGAAAGAAACAUUAAAAGCACUACAGGUUUCUAAAUACUCUUUACAGAAGAAAGUGAGUGAAAUGGAACAAAAAGUCCAGUUACAUCUUCUGGCUAAAGAAGACUAUCAUAAGCAACUGAGUGAAAUUGAGAAAUACUAUGCCACAAUAACAGGUCAAUUUGGAUUGGUAAAAGAGAAUCAUGAAAAGUUAGAACAAAAUGUACGGGAAGCAAUACAAUCAAACAAAAGACUUUCAGCUUUAAAUAAAAAACAAGAAGAUGAAAUAUGCAGUUUAAAGAAGGAACUAAAAAAAGCAGCCUCAGACUUGAUAAAGUCCAAAGUCACAUGUCAAUAUAAGAUGGGAGAAGAAAACAUCAAUCUAACAAUUAAAGAACAAAAAUUUCAAGAACUUCAAGAAAGACUCAACAUGGAACUGGAAUUAAAUGGGAAGAUUAAUGAAGAGGUUACACGUAUUCAAGAAGAAAAACAGGAUAUCAUCAUUUCUUUCCAACAUAUGCAGCAGUUACUUCAGCAACAAAUUCAAGCUAAUACUGAAAUGGAGGCAGAAUUGAAGAUGCUAAAAGAAAAUAAUCAGACCCUUGAAAGAGAUAAUGAGCUGCAAAGGGAGAAGGUAAAAGAAAAUGAAGAAAAGUUUCUUAAUCUUCAAUACGAGCAUGAAAAAGCACUAGGAACUUGGAAAAGACAUGCUGAAGAACUUAAUGGAGAAAUUAAUAAGAUUAAAAAUGAAUUAUCAUCCCUUAAAGAAACUCAUAUUAAGUUACAAGAACAUUAUAACAAAUUAUGCAAUCAAAAAACUUUUGAGGAAGACAAAAAGUUUCAGAAUGCUCCAGAAGUAAAUAAUGAAAACAGUGAAACAUCAACUGAAAAAUCAGAAAACACCAUUAUACAGAAAUGUAAUACUGAGCAAGAAAUAAGGGAAGAAAAUAUGGAGAAUUUUUGUUCAGAUACUGAAUACAGAGAAAAAGAAAAGAAAGAAGGCUCAUUUAUAGAGGAAAUCAUUAUAGAAGAUUUACAGCUUUUUGAAAAAAGCUUCAAGAAUGAAAUUGAUACUGUUGUUUCUCGGGAUGAAAAUCAAAGUGAAAUGUCCUUAAGCAAAACCCUCUCCUUAGAUAAAGAAGUAAUUAGUCAAGUACAAACCUCGAAUGUUAUGGACAAUAAAAAAUCAGUUACUACAGAAGUAAAAGACAAGAUAUGCUUGGAAAAAGACAAUGGAUGUACAGAAUUUAAAUCACCAAAUAAUCCUUUUGUUGUGUUAGAUACAACGACAGAAACAGAAAAAAUACACCUAGAAAGAACCAGAGGAUUAGAUGUUCACCAUACAGAUGUACAUCCAGAGGUUGAAAAUAACAAAACACCAUUUAACAGUAAUUUAAAUGAGACAGCACACAAUACAUAUAGUAAUAAUAAUAAUAAAGAUGUUUCUGAAAAUGAGCCAUUCAAACAAUUCAGAUCGCGUCCAGGGACUCGAGAACAUGCUCUAGAGAAGGAAAUUACAAAUAGUGACCAAACCAAAGCAGAUUUGGAUUUAUCUCUAGAUAUAAAAAAAAAUCUUGUUCCAUGUCAGAAAUAUAGUUUACAGAAUUCAAGUAAUGUUAUGUUAGAUGAUAAACAAUGUAACAUAAAACAAAUACAACUGUUAACUAAAAAAAGUGAGUGCAGCAUAUUACUUUGUAAACAAACUUCAGAUUUUCUGCAAGUCUGUAAUGAUACUUCAGAGAAACCUGAACUAACUGUUACCUGUGAUACAGUAAUCGACCACCACGUUUCAUCUGCUGCUUUUAGUGAUAAUUCAAAAGUACUUCUUAAGAACUCAGAUAAAAAUGUUAAUAGUAUGCCUAUGUUGGUGAAACCCAACUCAAGCCCUGGGGGAAAAACUAUGUGGAAAAACAUGAGUGAUAUGCAAAACAGUCAAUUUAAUAACUGUUUGGGAUACUUAGAAAACAAUAAUGUGAACAUUUCCCAUCUUCAUCUUAACAAUGAGAAUAGUCAUUCUUUACAAGCCAAAGAUGUGAAAACUGCUGUUCACAUGAAAACUUGCACAGAAAUACAGUUUUCUAAUAAAAAUAAUCAGAUUGAUGAGAAUCAGGUAACUGAAGCCACAAAAAGUGACCUCUUCCUUGUUGUGAGCAUUAAUGAAAGACAGCAUACAUUGUUAAAUAAUACAGAGAAAAGAGAGUCAUUAAAUGACAUUGUUUCAGGAAAAAUGUUCAGUAAAGGACAGCUGGAGGAAUCACAUUCAUUUCACAUAGAGCCAUCUGGAGAUUUAGUAAACAGAAGCGGAAGGUCAACCUUUGAUCUUUCAACUUCAGAUAAAAAAACUGAGAAAACUCCAGUAUACAUGAAUUUUUCAGACCCCGGUCCUUGGUCAAAAGUAAAUCACAUUGAAAGUCAAACAGCGAGCAGUUCAACCCCUAGCAUUUCUUUGUUGCUGAAAGAGAGACCACUAGAUCCAUCAGAAAACAAAAAGAUCAUUCCAAUGGCUCUUUGUAAAAAUAUUGGUGUGGAUGAUGUUGGAAAGAAUAUUGGACCAGAUACUACCAGCAUUAACAGAGUUGCUGACACUUUGAAUAACUGGAGUAUCCAUCCAGAUCCCACGGGAGAACCCAGUGAAGAGAAGAAUGCAAUUGCAAAGACUUUUUAUGAUUCUUCUUUUCCCACAGAACAUGUAAGUCAAUUAAAAAUAUUGCCGAGCAGACCUUAGUGAGCUAAUUCUACAGAUAUGUGUAGAACUGUAUGCAUCUGGAUGCUUUAAGACCUAACUGAUCUCCAAAAUAAUAUCAAGAGGGCAACAUGGCACCAUUUUUCACAAUUAAGGUUGAUAGAAAACAGCAGGAAAAAGUCACAGUGUAUAAAUCAAAUAGAUACAAUCCAGCCUGUUUUGGGAAGGAGAGUGUGAGGCAUCAGAUAUGUACUUCUAUUUUUUACUCAUCUAAAUUUGGAAAUAGUGGUAUUUGAGCAUUUAAAAUUUUAUGUUAAUAAAAGAUGUCUAAAAGCUAAUCAAGUCCAAUUGUUUUUAAUAAUGCUUAAGUUAAUUUACAUUAUUUUUGGAAACUGAGAUGGAAAGAAUUUAAAACUAUUUCAAUUAGAACACGUGUGAAAGGAUCAAGUAUCCACGUGAUACUGUAUGGAUAUAUGUAUUAAAGUAUUUGUAAAAAUUAUAUGGCUUCCAGGAGUCUAUUUGUCAUAAGGAAAUCAACUAACUAUAGCAGGAAAGUUAUCUGGUUAAAUGUAUAAAUUUUAUAUCAUAGUGUGUAGAACUUUAGCAAGAAAAAGGUUGUAGCGUUCAAACUAUUAAACAACUUUCUCUUUAGCACAUACAAAACGAUUAUUAUAGUACUAACACAUCCUUAACAAAUAACAGCUUUUAACAAUGUAUUUUAUUUUCCUUUAUAAAUAGGAGAAACCUCAAGUGAGAUAGUAUAACUCUUCUGGGAGAGUUGAGACAAAAAUUAGGAACUAUCCUUGAUAUGGUUUGGCUUUGUCCCCACCCUAAUCUCACCUUGAAUUAUCAAUCCCACAAUUCCCAUGUGUCAUAGGAGGGACCCAGUGAGAGGUAACUGAAUCAUGGGGGCAAGUCUUUCCUGUGCUGUUCCCAGAUAGUGAAUAAAUCCCACAAGAGCUGAUGGUUUUAAAAAUGGGAGUUUCCCUGCACAAGAUCUCUUCUCUCUUGCUGCCGCCAUGUAAGA